AUGUCGACUACCGUGUACAUGGUCCAAGAAAAGUCAACAGCCGGAAAACUAAAAGCGCCGCUUAAUGUUGAGGCGAUAAAGGAUGGCAGAUUUAAGAAAAAUCGCCUUGUCAUAGUAAAUCGUAGUAACGGUCAUAAAUACCUAGUCGAUUCAAGCACAAAUAUCUCAAUACUUCCUAGGCUUAAGCCACAGACUUGGAUAAAACCUACCGAAGUUAAGUUGUAUGCAGCAAACGAAACUUCGAUCCAUACCUACGGCAACGAAAUUGUAACGUUGAAUUUAGGCCUUCGACGGAGAUUCGUUUGGUAUUUUGUUGUCGCAGAUGUUUCGCAAACUAUUAUAGAUGCAGAUUUCUUGCAGCACUACAAGCUUUUAGUCGAUAUAGCUUAUAAUACACUAUUAGAUUCAAAUUCGGUCUACCGCGACCUUUUGAAGGAAUAUAUUGAGAUAACUAUGACCGCGCCGCGGAAAGAAGGAAUACAUCAGAUACAGCAUCACAUUACGACGAGAGAGACUCCAAUGUCUGAGCGAGCUCGUCGUUUGCCGCCAGCGAAAUAUAAAGCUGCCAAAGAAGCUUUCGACUAA